AGGAGGCCGGGCGUGUGUUUACCCGCGGUGCAUGGUGGGGCCGUCUCCUAGGACAACCCUGGCCCAACCUGUGCUCUGAGGCGGUGCGGAGGGCUGCGGCGUUAGAGGCUGCAGCAUGCGCCGGACCCCUUCCUUGUCGAGCCCCGACUACUACGAGAGGCUGGGCCACCUCCAGGCCGGGCUGCGGGACUGUGAAAAGAAGAGAUUGGACCUGGAACAGAAGCUUUAUGAAUAUCAUCAGUCUGAUACAUACAGAGUUAAGCUGAAAUAUGUGAAACUAAAGAAAUACCUAGAGGAAAUAUGUGAAUCCAAAAAGAAGGCUCAUAUUCGAAACCAAGAAUAUUUAAAGCAAUUUGAGCGUUUCCAAGCUCAUGUUGGACAAUUUACCACAAAUACAGAGAAGCUUCAAAAACUGAAGAUUGAAUAUGAGACUCAAACUAAGAAGAUGUACUUACCUUCAAAAGAUAGCCUGGGAAUAAAAAGUGAACUGAAAGAUGAAGACAGAGAAAAGGUUGCAGUGCAGGCGGACUCAGGAACAGCCAUGUCAAGAGGAUUGUAUCAACCAGCAACAAUCUUUAUGGGCCGCCAAAUGUCAGCUGUCUCAAGCAUUGGAGAUUUCAGUACAGAGCAGAAAUCUCCCCAACCCACAAAGAACUUUUCAAUUCCUGACCCACAUUCACACCAACAGACAGCCCAGAGCAGUAAUGUGACAGACAGCUGUGUAGUACAAACUAGUAGUGACACACAGUGCUUAAAUAAGUCUGACAAAAUAAAUGGAAAGACAUCUCUUCAGAUUGGUGAGAAAACGCCAGUCACAGCCGGUGUAUUGUCUGAGGAGGAACAAACUCAUUGCUUGGAGAUAGGCAGCAACACACGUCACGGCAAGAGUAAUUUAUCUGAAGGCAAAAAGUCUGCUGAACUCCAUUCCCCGUUAUGGGAAAGAUUAAGUCCUGAGAACAGAACCACUGAUUUAAAGUGUGACAGUUCCUGCAGAUCAGAGGGAUCAGAGGGAGAAAUACUGACACAGAAACAUAUUGAAGUCGAGGAAGAAAGAGCCAGCCUGCCAGUCUCUGCGAUAUCAGUUUCAGAAUACUGUGCAUCUGAAAAUAAGUGGUCUCAAGAGAAGUAUUCUGCUGGGGAAGGUGUCUCAGAUCAUCUUGCUCAUGAGGACCCAAAUUCACAAAAACCCUUCAGAGAAAUGCAGGAAGAGGAGGAGGAGGAAAGUUCAUGCAGCAGCAAUGACCUCACAGUUUCUAUAAGUGAAGAUGAUCUGAUUUUAAAGAGUCCAGAACCGCAGCCAAAUCCAGGUGACAAAAUGGAGGGAGAAGAUGGAAUGGAGGCCUUAAAAUUAAUCCACACUGAGCAAGAAAGAGAUGCCUUAUCCACUGGAAAAAAUAAUUGUAUUUUGAAAACCCUAAGCUCUGCUAUUUCAGAAAAGGAAUCCUCCACUAACUCACCAACAAGAGAAUUUGAACAAGCACCAGACUCAGACUUAAUGAGGGAACACUUGAGUCAGCGUGUCGCCACCUCAGAAAAAAAGGAUAAUUCUCUCAAAGAAGAGGCAACAGCAUUAUUGAAAAAAGCCCUUACUGAAGAGUGUGAAGAUAGGUCGUCUAUUCACAGUAAUGAAUCAUCUUGCAGCCUGCCGUCUAUUCUCAAUGACAAUAGUGAAAUAAAGGAAGCAAAACCCGCUCUAUGGCUCAACAGUGUUCGUACAAGGGAACAAGAAGUUUCAAACGGCUGUGGAGAUGAGAGCAAGGAAGAAAGCGUGACAGCAAAGAUCCCAAUCACAGAAACAAAAGCCUACCAGUUGCUGAAGAAGUCUACCCUUCAGGAUAAUACAAAUGUAACUGAAGACAAAUUUCAAAAGGCCAGUGCUUCUGUAUCACAAUUGUCAGGUUUGAAUUUUGGCAGCAGUACCUUGAAGACAAAGACAACUAACAAAAUCACUUCGGAAGCUAGUUUUUUAUCUAGGGAAGGAAGUCCUUUGUCAAGGCAUGAAAACAAAACGAAACUGAUGACCCAUUUAAAGUCUAAAGCCUUCUGGGGUGAGUCUGAUGACAGUAACUCAGAAAUUGAAGCUGCUUUGCGUCCUAGAAACCCUAACACAUCCAUCGAUGAUUUUGAUGAUUUUUAUGAUUCAUAAACUAUAACAUCUGUUGGAAAUAAAGUCUUUAAACAAACUGAAA